CAACUCGCGGCGUUCGCGCACGCGCACAGCAGCCCGUUCGCGCAUCCUUCUGCAGAAAGUGCUUUGCUAGUGGUCCCGCGGUUGCAGCCAUGUCGGAGAUGGCAGAGCUGUGCGAGCUGUACGAAGAGUGCAACGACCUGCAGAUGGACGUGAUGCCGGGCGAGGGUGACCUUCCCCAGAUGGAGGUAGGCGGUGGCGGGAGCCGGGAAGCGGCCCUGAGCGCUGCCCGCAGCGGGGCCGCGCCGCUCCUGGAGGAGGAAGGGCCGAUGGAGGAGGAGGAGGGCGCGCAGCCCCUGGCGGCGCCUCGCGGCGGAGCAGGCCUGGCCCGCGGGCCCAGCCCCGGGGAGCAGCCGGGCCCGGGCCUGGAGGGCGAGGACGAGGCUGAGGAGCUGGACGACUGGGAGGAUGACUACGACUACCCAGAGGAGGAGCCGCUGAGCGGGGCCGGCUACCGCGUCUCGGCCGCCCUGGAGGAGGCCAACAAGAUGUUCCUGAGAACAUCCCGGGCGCGGGAGGCCGCCCUGGAUGGCGGGUUCCAGAUGCACUACGAGAAGACCCCCUUCGAUCAGCUCGCCUUCAUCGAGGAGCUCUUCUCGCUGAUGGUCGUCAACCGCCUGACCGAAGAACUCGGGUGCGACGAGAUGAUUGACAAGGAGUAAUCGGAUGCUGAUGGCAGAGGAGGACCCGACUGGAGGAGAGACCCAACAUUCCGCUGUCUUUGGGGUUCAUUCCAAAUCGUUCUGUGCCAAUGAAAACACUUGAUCUUCAAACAGAGAAGUUGUUUUUGUUUUUCAGAGUAGAAGACAAAGACAGUGACUGCACAGUUGUGAAAAAGGAAAAGAAUCACGAAAGAAAAAGAUCUUAGGACUGUUGACCGGUCUGCUUUCCAAGAACAGCCUGGAACACCUAUGGUGUUGACUUUGUUACUGAAGUAGAUUAUUUUCCUUGCGUUAGGGAAGAUCUCUUUCAUAUUUGUUUUGUUGUAAAGAUGGUUUUGCAAGAGUUAAUCAUGACCAAUACAAACUGCCAAUACAAGAGCCCACUGAUGCAAAUUAUGUAAUGAGGCAAAAAAUAUGUCCACGAAAUAUCUUUGUUAUUUGGAAGAAAGGCUAUUGAGAAAACUUUUAAAAUUCUACUUCGUGAUCUAUCCAAGUUAUAGAAAUCAAAGACUAAAUUUGCAGUGUGAAAUGAAUUGAUUAUUCUUCAUAAUCCCCAAAGGAUGGGCAAACUAAAACUAUAUGUAUCGCAUGUGCUGUAUCCUUAAAUGUGUUUCCAAGAGCAUCUGAGAUUGUACCUGUAUCUUGAUCAUUUAUAAAACAACUAUACUACAGGAAAAUCCAUUAUCGUGACUCUGGUAUUUUUAAAAGUCUCAAAGGUGUCUUUUUAAAUUUCAAGUUUAGACAUUAAAAUGUAUGUGGAAGUACAAAGAAGACAAGUUAUUUCUAAUACCCUGAUAUUCUGUUUUGCUUGCUGUUUUUCAUUUAACUUGACCUAUGGAAGACUUUAGUUGAACUUUGUAUUGUAAAAACUGUUAGUGAAAAUUGUCAGGUAAAAGGAAAGCCCUAUAUCUAAAAAGACUAUGAACAAUUAACCUGCCCAGAAAUCCACCUUAAUAUGUGAUGUUUCCCUCUGUCUCCUCCUCUAAUUAAGAUUGUUAUUCUUUAUGCACCAGCAUUGAAAAUAAUAAACAUUUCUUGUUCUGUGUA